AUGGCCCAAGACAUGCGCGUAGUUGUCGACGAUGGCAAGGUGGAGGUGACUCAGUCACACCUCGGGGAGAAACUUGAUAUAUACAAUUCCGAGCUGGAGAGCAACUCGACCGAGGGAAUAGUCGAGAGAUACAUAUCCUAUCUCCCAACCCUUUACUUCGGCUUUACCCUGCAGGCCUGCUGGGAAGCCGUGGGUCUCUCCCUCCAGCUGAAUCUACUCAACGGGGGUCCUGCCUCGCUUGUCUAUGGCGGCCUACUCACUAGCAUUGGGUCCAUUCUAAUAGCGCUCUCCCUGGCCGAAAUGGCCUCAGCCGACCCGGCAGUCGGCGCGCAAUAUCGAUGGUCGGCGGCAUUCGCGCCUUUCGCCCCGCGCUUCUGGGGCCUGUUCCAGGGCUGGAUCACGGUGUUUGCAUGGAUGACGAGCACGGCCGCUAGCCUGGCGUACCUGGCGCAGAGCCUGUUGGCCGUUGUCGUCCUGUGGCAUCCUGAAUUUGAGGUGCAGGCCUGGCAGAACGCCCUGGUGAUGUGUGCGUUUUGCAUCCCCCCACUCGUGGUUAAUCUGUGGUUCAGGCGCAUCAUCGUUCCCUUGGAGUGGAUGGGCGCUGUGGGACACGGUGUCUUCUGGAUCGCGAGCAUGGCAGUUCUGGGCGCGCUGGCGCCUAGAAGCAGCCAUACUGCCGUGUGGACGAACUUGACCACCGGGCUCAGUGGCUGGGACCAGCCGUGGGUCACGUUCGGAAUCGGGAUCUUGCCUCUCGCUUUCCCGACCACGUCGUUUGAUGGUGUAAUCCACAUGAGUCAAGAGGUCAAGGACGCCAAGCGGAACGUGCCGGCCGCCAUGGUGUUGUCCGUCGUGUUGAAUUGCGUCAUGAUGUUUGUUUGGUUGGUUGUGGCGGCGUACUCUCUCGGGAAUGUGGAUGUUCUAGCAGAAGCGCCGCUGGGCGUGGCCCUCGUCGGCCUGUACAUGCAGGCCACUGGAUCGAAGGAGGCAUCGACAUUCUUGAUCAUUUGCCACACUUUCAUUAUCUAUGUCUCGCUUGCCAACAUCUUUGCCUCGUCCGCCAGGCUAACUCGAGCCUUCAGCGUGAACAACGGACUGCCAUUUUCGAAACAUAUUGCUCAUGUAUCCCGUCGCUUCAAUCAGCCCUUACCCGCCCUCUUUCUUGUUAUCUCGGUGUGUCUCAUUCUAUGCAUUAUCUCAAUCGGUAGCACCACCGCGUUUAAUGCGAUGAUAUCAAUUCCCUUGAUCGCCUUAUACAUCUCCUAUGGAAUUCCUAUAGCGUUCCUUCUCGCUUUGAGGAUUCGUGGGUGCGCCCCCGACCUCGGCCCGUUCCGUCUUCGUCGGGCUGGUAUCUUGGUGAACGGCUUAUCGGUCGCCUACAUCUUAUAUGUCUUGAUCUUCGCGGCGCUUCCAACGGUCCUACCCGUCACCUCCGCAAAUAUGAACUAUGCCGGGCCCGUCGUGUUAGCUGUUAUGUUGGCGGCUGGAGCGGAUUGGUGCGUAUCUGGUUGGAAACGCUUUAAGUUGCCAGGGGCAAUUACCAAUUGA